UGUUCAGUUAGUGAGUGAUGGAGUCUUACGGUCCUCUCCUAGAGAAGACCCAAGUCCCCCAACCGGCGCUCCAAAAACUCGCCGUCGAUUCCAUUUUCUCGAAGCUCCGAUCAGCACCCAGCCACCUCGACCCAGAAUCCGAACCCGGAAGACGCGCCAUUUCCCAAUGCCUCGCCUCCCCUUCCCCUCACGUCGUCGACCACUCCGUCCGCCACCUCUGCCGCCUCGCCGCCGACUCCGCCGUCGCCGUCCCCCGCGCCUCCCUCGAGCUCCUCUCCGCGCUCCAAGGAUCCGACCCGAAACUCGUCCCCAUCUUCGUCAAGGGACUCGGUUUCCUCGCUCGCCACGAUUUCCGCCACAAAAAUAGCGCCUCGCAACAAUUUACUUCUUCCACUCUCACUCACCCUUUCGUUAGGGUGUUGUUGUGCCGGCAGGAAGUUCAAUCCGAACUCCUACAUCAGGUGUUGCUGUUUAUGUUGCAGAAUAAGGAUGUGGGAAUGGUUCGAGUUUGUGAAUUUUUAAGGCCCUUGUUGAAUGUCUCAAUCAUAAGAUUGUCGGUUUCGGAAUCCUCCUUGUCCUCGUCGUUUGCAAUGCAACUGGUGUCCUCUAUGGCGGCGUUCUGUUGCUCGUUUCCGCACGAGACUGUGCCUGUUUUUAAGCUUCUAAUUGAGUGCCUUAAGUUUCUUCCGCAUGAGAGCUCUGAAGACUACAGGAAAUUAGUGUUUGUUGUAGAGCAUAUGGUGGAGGCAUAUAUAGUGGUGCUGAAAUCUUUGGCUGGAAAGAAAUCACCGCUGAUAACCGAAGCUCAACUAUGUGCCGUUGAAUUUCUGGAAACAAUUCUUUCUCUAUCCACGUGUCUUCAGUGGCACCCUGGUGGUCACGAGCCCAUAUGUGAACUAUUAAGGCGCUUGUUGUCUGUACAGAAUGAUCUUGGGUUACCAUGGCUGCCUGGUUUGGCAUCAACUAUUGCAUCAUUAUUCACAAUCAUCGUUCAAUCAGAACUUGAACACGAACAAAUUUCUAUAUUGAAACUCCUCCUCUUGAUCCUGAAGUGGAAAUAUGAUAAUGUUACCAAUGCAGAUGCUGCUAUCAGUGAACCUAAAUUCUCUUUAUUUGAAGAAACUUUGUUUCUUCUUCCCGUUGUUAGUCUCAUGUCAUCUCCUUCCAAAUCUGUGAAAGGACUGGCUACUGAUUUGCUUCUCCUCUUGGAGAAGCUCCUUGUCAAGAUGUUUGUUGCACCAAAAGAUAAACCAAUUGUCAAAGGGGGAGAUCAUUAUCUUAGCACGCCAGGAGUUAUAGUUUUGAGACUUUUGCGACAUCUGUGGUAUCAGGAUGGAGAAUCUUCUCCCAGAACUUCCCUUCUGAAGUUGACUUUAAAAGGAUUGAAUCAAAGUGAAAUAAUGCAUGAUAGACCAAUAUCUUGGGUUUCUCAUUUAAGAGGGUUCUGCUUGUCAAUUGUUGACCAACGAAAAUCUUCACUAGCUAUCUCACAUUCUCAGGAAGUAUUUUUGAAUGAGAUGCCCUUGUUACUCAGUGCUGUUCUCAAUGUUUUAUUGAUACAUCAAUCAAUGGCGGCUGCUGCUGUUGAUUGUUUGUCUUCCAUUGCCAUUAUGGAUCCCAAACUGGGAGUUCCUUUGUUGCUAACAAUUAUGUUUUACAGUAAUAUAUUCAUAAGAAAUGAUAUCAAUCACCAUGAUAUGCUGUUAAAUUUUUUUGAAAUGCUGCCAUCACUUGCUUCACACUCGGCAAUGAUUCCACUUGUAGUUCAAACUAUCUUGCCAAUGCUUAACAAAGAUGCAAAAGUCUCGUUAUAUUCUACAGCGACCAGAUUGCUAUGUCGAACCUGGGAGACUAAUGAUCGAGCCUUUGGGAGUUUGCAAGGUGUUUUACUCCCUAAAGGAUUCACCAAUUUCACUUCGGAGAGAGAUAUCUGCAUCAGCAUGGCUGCUUCCAUUCGAGAUGUUUGCCAUAAAAGCCCUGAUAGGGGUGUUGAUCUCAUUUUGUCUGUUUCGUCUUGCAUUGAGAGCCAAGAUCCUGUAAUUAAAGCUAUUGGCUUGCAAAGCCUUGCCUUCCUUUGUGAAGCAGAUGUGAUUGAUUUCUACACUGCAUGGGAUGUCAUUGCAAAGCAUGUGCAAGGUUACCAAGAUGAUCCUAUUCUUGCUCAUAGCCUAUGCCUUCUGCUUAGGUGGGGUGCAAUGGACGCAGAAGCAUAUCCAGAAGCAUCAAAGAGUGUGCUGCAAAUUUUGUGGGAUGUAGUUACCUAUGGUCAGGGUAGACAGUGGGGAAAAGCAAGAAUUUCAGCCCUGGAGGCACUUGCUCAAUAUGAAGUGCCACAGCUUGAGAAUAGUAUUCCAGAUUUCAAGAAAAUGAAUUUGGAGCUGUUCUUUUCUGAGACAAAUCCCAAAGUACUCAAGGCUAUGGAGGAGUUUCAUGUCAAGUUAAUAACAUAUGAGCACAUAAAUCGUCGGAGAGUAGUCAAGGAAAAAAGAGUUACAGGAAGCAAGAUCGAAAAAUUGAUGGAUGUAUUUCCACAGGUUAUAUUCUCUUCAGGAGUGAUAAAUAAAGCUAGAGAGUUACCUGGUGCUUCUUUAUUAUGUUUUUCUUUCCCUCCUAAAGAUAUGAAUGAACAUCUAGCAUCCAAAAGGUUAAGAGAUGUACAUGCUGGGUAUGAAAAUGCUCUAGUGGAAGUAGCUGCUUCUCUUCAGCUCUCAAGAAAUAUCUUGCUUGCGCUGAUGGCACUGCAAUCAUGGAAAGGCUUCAUGCGACGUUGGAUGAAGGCUUACACUCUGUCCUAUGAUGCUAAGGCACAAUCGAGUGUCCUAGAUAAAACUUCUAAAGCUGCUAGUGAUAUUUUAAAGAGUAUGAUAGCAAUAGCGGAUGAGGCUAUACCUAGAGCUGCUGAAAAUAUUGCACUGGCUAUUGGUGCACUUUGUGUGGUUUUGCCUCCAUCUGUUCACAUGGUUAAGUCUGCUGCUUCAAAGUUCCUUUUGGAAUGGUUGUUCCAACAUGAGCAUGAACACCGCCAAUGGUCUGCUGCAAUUUCUCUUGGAUUAAUCUCUAGUUGCCUUCAUGUAACAGAUCAUAAAGAGAGAUAUCAUAACAUCACAGGACUUCUUGAGGUUCUUUCUGAUAGCAAAAGUUCCCUUGUAAAAGGUGCAUGUGGUGUUGGAUUGGGUUUUUCAUGCCAAGAUCUUCUUACCAGAGUUGAAACUUCUGAUACCUCUACUGUGAUGAAGGAAACAGAGUAUGUUCCAGAAUCUGUAUUACUAGGAAGAAUUAUUAGGGCCUUAGCUACAAUGAUACAACAGAGAACUCGAUGUUCUUCUGAUGUUUUGGACAGUCUAUGUUCAUGCUUUCCACUGGGUUCAUAUGACAUGAGCGCUAAAGGAUAUGAACAGUUAUCUGAGAACAGUGAAGACUUGGAAGAAGAUAUCUGGGGUGUUGCUGGACUUGUUCUUGGUCUAGCUAACUCCAUUAGCGCAAUAUACAGAGCUGGAGAGUUAGAGACUGUUAUCAAGAUAAAGAACUUGUUAAUGUCAUGGCUUCCAUAUUUGCAUUCACUAGUUGAAAGCAGUACUUUCCAGUGGAAAGAAUCUGAGCAUGUCUUAGCUCUAGGAUCCUGUAUUGCACUUCCUACAGUAGUGGCUUUUUGCCAGAGAAUGGAAUUGAUAAAUGAUGUUGAGUUGGACCGCAUUGUGGUUGGCUUUAAAGAGUUAAUUUCUGAGUUAAUUGCUGUGAAAAAGUCUGGCAUUUUGCACCAUAGUUUGCUGAUGGCAUCAUGUGUUGGAGCUGGGACAGUACUUUCUUGUAUACUGAAUGAAGGUGUUUACUCUAUUGAGGUUGAACGUGUUAAAUGUUUACUGGAACUGUUCAGGAAAUGUUACUUGAAUCCUUUCCCUUUUCUUGUCCAUCUUGGUGGCAUGCUAGGAGUUGUUAAUGCUGUUGGAGCAGGUGCAGGAAUUUUGGUCAACAUGAAUUUUCCAAAUUACUCUAGGCAAUCUGGCUAUCAGAAGGAGUCUUCUUCUGUCAUGGGCCCUCUCCUCUCAAGUUCUGAUUUUGAACCAUACUUGACAUCAUUGGUGCAAGAGAUGUUUCUUGUGGCACAGAAUUCGGAUAAUCAUCAGCUACAACAGUUUGCUUCCUGGGUACUUGCCUUCCUUCGACAUCAUUUAUGGUCCAAGGAACUUUUGGGGGUUGAUAGUGAUAGGAGCGUGGCCGCAACUAAUUCAAAAUCUGUUUCUCAGAGUUUUUCGGAGGACAAUAUUGUUUUGAAGCUUAGUUUGUGGCUUACGAGUUUCAAAUAUACUGAGCCAGGUACUAUUGUACAUAUUAGCAGAGUCAUUGCUGUAUUAAGGUGCCUUUCUACAGCUCCCAGGUUGCCAAGCUUGGAUUGGGGGUCAAUUAUUAGGCGUUGUAUGAGAUAUGAGGCCAAAGUUGCUGAGUUGUUACCAAAAGAUUCUGCUUCUAAGAAUGGAACUCUAAGGGAGGAAUGCAUAAUGUUUGCAAUGGCCCAUGCAAAUCAAUUUGAUUCACUGCUAACAUUUCUUGAUGAGCUAUCUGACUUUUCCAGAUUCAGGACACUUGAAAUAAAUUUGCAGUCAUGUCUGCUAAAUCAUCUAGCAGACCUUGUAAAAGUAUAUUCAAACUCCAGGCUUGAGAAACUAUUUGGAGAUGUGAGUAAUCACUUGUCUUCCUUUACUUCAUACAAAGAGUCUAGCACCUACCCCAAAAGCUUGUUAUGUAUUUCGUGCUGGAAAGGUCUCUACGAGUGCCUAGAUGAAGUUUCUGUGGACUCAUCUGGUUACAUAUCCCAUAUUGAAAGGUGUAUGGAGGUUCUAUUUACUCUAUUGCCAGUGGUUCAAUCUUCUGGAAGUGUAUCAUCUGCGGAUGUAAGUUCUGUAGAGGAAUGGUCUGAAGCUGUAAGAUGCUUAGGGAAGGCUCCGCAGAUUUGGCUAUUGGAUUUUCUUAAGGUUUCACAUGAGGAGUUUGUUCAGAGUGCUGGCAAAUCUAUUGAAGUCCAAAAAAAGGUUUGUGCUAAGAUCAAACUAGUGAAGACUGGUUCUCUUUCACUGACUGAACUUGGAAAAAUGAAAUCUUACAUAUUGAACUCCAAAUCACAAGGACUCUGGGAUAUACUCUUUGAAGUUGUGGCAGCUUUGUACCAUGCGGAGGGAAGUGUAAAAAAACAGUGGCUUAUUGAUGCUGUUGAAAUUAGCUGUGUAUCCAGUUUUCCUUCCACGGCACUGCAGUUUCUUGGUCUGUUGUCUGCUGCCUGCUGCAAAUAUAUGCCCUUUAUGAUUGUGGACCAACAAAUGGUACUGAAUGAUCUACCAGUCACCCUUGUGUCUCUUCUGGCAGACCAAAACUGGAAUGCUGUUGCAGAAACUGUUGUGUCCCACUUCUUCUCAUCAACAGAGUGCAUAUAUGACUGGUCUGUACAAAUAGCAGAUGGUUCUUAUAUUCCUGAUUCUCAACCCAUUGAUGGGAGUGAGAAUCAUAUGGCUGUUUUUCUAUUGCAAGUGAUGCAUCAUACGUGUGUAUUACUUAAGAGCUACUUGCCAUUAGAUAAGCAGCUUAGGCUCGCCAGCAUGGUUAUUACUUGAGAUGCAAACUACAUUCUUGAAAAUACAGGAUUAUGGUGACACUAAAAUUGCUUUGUGUUCUCACCAUGCUACACGUUGCCCAAUGUUUUGGGAAUUGUGCUUUGUUAUUUAUGGAAUAUGGAGAAUUCUGUGAGUUAUUCCAGCCAUUCCUGGUUCGUUUGGAAAGUGAAUUUAGAGGACACACUGUGUUGAGCAGAAGUCAACCGUGUGGGAUGUCUCUGGCAAAGCAUGCAGCUGUGCAUAUAUUUGUUUGUGGAAUCCAAUUCUAAUUCUAAUGCACUAAAAUUCAGCAGAAGCAGAAUGCAUGUUGUAUCAUUUUCUUUUCUUCCUACACAAGCUAAGCUUGAUGUAUCAUAGAGCCACCCUUGGGGUUGCUUGCAGAGAUAUGUAAUUCAUUUUUUAAUUAGGUUACAAUAUAAAUAUUGAGUUUCAAACUCUUAAUUUCGAAGAUGAGUGAAUGUUCCCAUUGGAAUGCCCAGUGUUACUGUGUAACUUGAGAUAUGAAUCCACGUAAUGCUUGGGAGUUUAAAAAAUGUUUAAUAGUUAUUUUUA